AGGAACGUGCACAGGACCUCUGCACGGCGAUUCUUCGGUCGGCUCGCGGGCCGUCAAGAUUCAUAUAUUCAUGUCCAAGCCCUUCCGGUAUAUAACCCACUGAAAGCGUGUAGACACACGCUCUCUACCUCCCGAUACGCACUGCAAUGCGCUUCAACGACGGCUUCUGGCUCCUCAAAAGUGGCGUAAAGCCCUACUUUGGCCUCCAGGUUGUCCAGGGCACGGCCGACGGAGACGGCUACAACUUCCAGGUAUCCACAAAGCCCAUUAGACACCGAGGCGAUACACUAGGAGGGCCUCUUCUCAGCGUUCGCGUGCACUCCCCAACCGAAGCGGUCAUCGGCGUCAAGAUCAGCCACUUCAAGCACAUCCGUCCCACACCCGACAUCCCACUCUUCCCAGACGACCCUGCCGUUCCCUCCGUGCAGCUAGGCAAGGGCGAGGCCUCCUGGUCCGUCUCCUCGGGCAGCCUCACCGCCGAGAUCACGACAAACCCGUACACCAUCACCUUCAAGGACUCGAAGCGCGUCCUGACGUCUGCCGGGUCCAAGCACCAGGCGAUCUACGACGUGCCCUACAAGUGGACCCUGCGGAGCGCCUCGAACGCGUCCUGCCUCGAGACAGACUUCAGCUCGAACCCGCGCCCGCCCCCGAAGCCCGAGCUCGUCCGGUACACGCACUCGGAGCUCAACCUGUCCCCCGGCGAGCUCGUCUACGGCCUCGGCGAGCAGUUUGGCCCGUUUGUGAAGAACGGGCAGUCUGUCAGCGUGUGGAACCAGGACGGUGGAACGUCCAGCGAACAGGCGUACAAAUGCGUCCCGUUCUAUAUCACCAACCGUGGCUAUGGCGUUUUCAUCAACCACCCGGGCGAAGUCGAGGUCGAGGUCGGCAGCGAAAAGGUCAGCCGGGUCGGCGUGAGUGUUGCUGAUGAAAGUCUCGAGUACUUUGUCAUAUACGGCGCGACACCUUUGGAGAUCAUUGAGCGCUAUACUCGCAUGACUGGUCGGCCUGCGCUCUUGCCAGCGUGGACCUUUGGCCUCUGGCUCUCGACCUCCUUCCUGACGUCCUACGACGAAAAAACCGUCUCGUCUUUCCUGCAAGGCAUGCAAGACCGAAACUGUCCCGUCCGGGUCUUCCACCUCGACUGCUUCUGGAUGAAGCAGUACGAGUGGUGCUCGUUCACGUUCGACCCGGAGAACUUCCCGGAUCCCAAAGCUUACCUCUCGGAGAUCAAGAGGAAGUACGGGGUGAAGAUUUGCGUCUGGAUUAACCCGUAUAUCUCGCAGCUGUCGCCAAUCUUCCAGGAGGCUGUCGAGGGUGGCUACCUGAUCAAGAGGAAAGACGGCACUCCUUGGCAGUGGGACCUUUGGCAGCCUGGUCUCGGAACUGUUGAUAUCACCAAUCCCGCGACAAGAAAAUGGUACGCCGAGAAGCUCGAGGCACUUCUCGAUCUCGGAGUAGACACGUUCAAGACUGAUUUCGGCGAACGAAUUCCACACGCAGAUGUCGUCUUCCACGACGGCUCGGAUCCCAUGCGCAUCCACAACACGUACUCGGUCAUCUACAACGAGCUUGUCUUCGACCUGUUGAAGCGGCGUUUCGGCCCUGGUGAAGCCGUCGUGUUUGCCCGGUCUAGCACUGUGGGUGGCCAGCGGUUCCCGGUGCACUGGGGCGGCGAUUGCGAGUCGACUUUCGAGGCGAUGGCCGAAGCGCUGCGCGGUGCCCUUAGCUUGACCCUCUCCGGCUUUGCUUUUGCUUCGCACGACAUCGGCGGCUUCGAGGGUCACCCGCCACCGGAGAUAUACCACCGCUGGGUCGCGUACGGCCUCUUCUCGUCUCAUUCGCGCCUGCAUGGCUCCGGCUCGUAUAGGGUGCCAUGGCAGUACGGCGAAGAGGCCGCCAAAUACAUGGCCAAGUUCCUAGACGCUAAGCACAGGCUCAUGCCGUAUCUCUACCAGCUCAACAUCGAAGCGAACAAGCACGGCCGCCCCCUCCAGCGCGCCAUGUUCCUCGAGUUCCCGGACGACCGCACGACGCACCACCUCGACCGGCAGUACAUGCUCGGCCCGCACCUGCUCGUCGCGCCCGUGUUCGUGCCCGAGGGCGAGGAGUCCGAGUACUACCUGCCUGCCGGACGCUGGACGGCGUUCUUCGACCCGGAACGCACGGUCCAGGGCCCGGCGUGGGUGCGCGAGGUCGUCCCCGUCGACGUGCUCCCGGUGUGGGUGCGCCCCGGCGCGCUGCUCGCGCUCGGGCCGUCGGGCGUGGGCCGGCCGGACUACGACUACGCGCGGGACGUCGAGGUGCAGGUGUACGAGCCGCGGGAGGGGCAGGACGCGUACGCCGAGGUGCCGACGGGGACGCAGGGCGCGAACGCGGACGUGCUCAAGGUCGUGAGGCGCGGCGGGGAGGUGACCGUCGCGACGGCUGGCGACGGCGUCAGGGUCGCGUCUGUCGUGCUGUUCGUGGACGGAAAGGUGACGAGGCGGGCGUGGCCGGAGGGCGAGGUCGAUUUCGUCAUCAGCCUUCCCGAGUAGACCUGUUUGCACGAUUAGUAGGUGCCACUCGCAGAUGACCCUACAGGAACAGUAUGCACAGCUUCUUGUCCACUGCCACCAUCGCUUCGGAGGCUGCCAGUGGAUGGCGAGCAGGCGUACGAGCGGUCACGAGCACGGUCUGCUAUCUCAUCCGGGACCAACCAGUUGUGGCCUGAUGCUACGGGAGGACCAAACGCACGUAUCCCAGGAUGAUAAGAAUGGCUUCGAGUUUCUCUCGCUACGUAAAAGGACGCAAGCUGGGGUCAAGACGCCGCCAAGCUCGAUCAGGUGCCGGGUUCUUCCGUGGGCAGACGACCGACAGUGCGGAUUUAUUAUUGGCGAGGCUAUCAGCUGGUAGUGUGCGAAGGCUGCAAAGCAGGCCAGGCCCGAAGCACGCGAGGAUGGUCGUAGGCGCAGGGUCAUCAGGGCGGGCCGCUCUGCUGCUACAUCGUCUCAUACUCCACUAAGAACGGCGGUAUGCCGUAAAUCGUCAUGAGACAGAGUAAAGCAGGUACAGUGUCGCAUAAUGGUUGCAGAAGCACGGGCGAUACACGGGCAUUUGCGCCAUCGAUAUCGUGUUAUCCUCGUGCAGACGCUACUAUCGCAGUUGAUGUGCUCUCCGAGGUACUGGCCGUGUACGUGGAGAGCCGAUUGGAAAUACACAGGCGUGAAGGCGACGUUCAAAUGCGGGGAGGACGAUGCGGCAGAUGCAGACUGCGCCAUCCGAGUCAUGCCCAGAAGCAGCUCCUACCGAGGCGCGAGCCAAAGCCCGGCCCUUGCAUCCGAGGUACUGCAAAACGGCUCGUUGAGGCCCAAGGCACUGGUCCCAGCUGGCCCGGUUCCUACCAUUCCCCGCCCAAAGAAAGAUGCCGCUACCAUCUAUGUAAAUCCAGCCAAUCGCCUGUCUCUGCAAGUUCAAAUGCACCUUAACAGGGGUGAGCUCAAGGAGCUUUUGGGUGCUAUGCGACUGGUCCUCAAGAGACACAUCGACUCCGAACGUCCUAUUCAGGAGCAAAAGCGCAGAGCCUUCGAUGCCUAUAUUGCCGAGUGCUCGAAAUUGCCCAAACUACGACGUUACACGGGCUGCUGGCCGGCAGUUUCUUACUGUAAUAUCUACCUAAGGGGAGUCCAGUACCGUCGUAAAAGGCAACCUCUUGAUAAAGAGGCAUCCCUGACACCUCCGACCAUCCGGCAACAGGACGAGGACGCGGCGGAGAGACCGAUCCAACCGGUGCCACCUGCCCCUAAGCCGCCAACUGCGCGGCCGGCGCCAUUGCCAGCACCUACGAGCCCGACUACGCACAGGGCACCUGCGGACAACGGGCGGCGCACCGCAAGCAGUAGCAGCCACCUGCUGUCGCUGAGGAGUUUUCUCGGUCUCCACGACCUGUCCGAGACGAGGCUCCUGCAGAUAUUCCAUCUUGCAGGCGUCUACAAGCUGGCGGAGCUGGAGAAGCUCGCGAGAGACGACGCGAUGCAGAACGAUUUCCUUGAGCGCUUGACGACUGGCAUUAAAAUCCCUCAGCCCGUUACCGUUUACGAGUGUUCGUUAAUAAAGGCCGUUAUGCGCCAGAUAUUCGUACGUGGCUUCUCCAUGGACCGUGAAUAGACUCUCGCCAGUGUAUCGCAACAUGUAUUAGUAGCUUGUGAUAGUAUGACUGACUCUUUCCUCCGC